AUGCGGACCUCUGCCUUCAGCCUCUUGGCCCUUGUGGCUGCCGUUCAGGCUUGUGACUCUGUCUCGCCUUGCCAGAAGUCGGCCGACGCUGUCCCCAACUGCGCCAAGUCGUGCAUCCAGUCGGCUGCCGUCACCGCCGCUAAGUGCCAGACAUCCGACUAUGCGUGCCAGUGCUCCAAGAGCGCCGACAUCCAGGCCGCCGCUCUGGCCUGCGUCACCGAUGGCUGCGGCCUGAACACUGCCCUGCAGGUCGUCACCUCGGUCCAGGCCAUGUGCAGCUGCGUCACGGCCAGCCCGACGACGCCCUGCGGCAGCACUGACGCGACCACCACGGCCGCCGGAAGCUCCUCCACGGGAGGCUCCGCCACAACGACCGGCGCCUCUUCAACCGGAGGCUCCGGCACUGGCACUGCCACUGGCAGUGCCUCGCCUUCGUCCUCGGCCAAGAGCUCGGGAAGCGGCAGCACCGGCUCCGCUACCGGCUCCGCUACCUCGUCGGCGGGGGCCACGACGACUGGCGUCAAGACUGGCACCACCUCGGCGCCUUGCACGACCUCUGGUACCAAGGUGUCGUCCUCCGCGGGCGGCACCGGCAACAUUUCUUCCGGUGUCAAGACAUCAUCUGCUGCGGCCGGCAACGGCGGCAACGGCGGCGCUGGCGGCGGCAGCGCGUCCCCCACCAAGAGCAGUGUCGUCGUGACUGCCUCGGCCGGCCGCUCUGAGCUCAGCGUCGUCGCUGCCGUCUUUGCCAGCUUCUGGGCCGUCGCCGUUGCUCUCUAA